AUGUCAACACCUACCAACAUUCACGAGCGAGUCAGCAACCUCUUCGGCGACUUGCUCGCCGUCCGCUACGGCGGUCCAUGCGUCCUGAGUCUGCCGGGCUUCAAGGGCGUGCUCACGGCGGACACAAAGAGGAAGUUUGUAGGUCCUCUGCCCACACCUGACGACCCUUCACGCCACGUUCGCAAGUUGGUGGGACCGGCGCUGUUGAUACCGGAUGGGGCCGUGACACUUACCUUCCCGGCUCUGUUGCAAGGCGGCAACUACAAUCUGCGAGUCAACCACGGAGAGCACAUUGUCGGAGUCUUCGAGAAGGGGUUUAAUGAGGCGUGGGAUCAUCUAGUAUUUCGUUUCGGCCAAUACAGCAGACUGCAGACGCUGAACAGGAACCCAGACGAGCUGCCGGUGUUCAUGCUCAGCGUCAAGGUCAUCGAGCACCCCAAGUACAAAUCUCCGCAUCCGUCCAGCAAGUCCACGCCCGAGCAAAAGAAGGCGUUGAAAGACCACUGGAUGCCGAUCACCGACAGAACACUCACCGAGCGCGAACCGAAGAUACCAGAUGAAAUGUUGACCGGUGAAGUGAAAAUCGGGGAUUACACGUUCUGCGGGGAGCUCGAGGCGUACAUCGUGAUCAUCGGCUUCUUCAACCAGCACAGAGCUGCUUUGGUGGAAGGUUACCUAAAGCAAUGGCCGGUGGAGAAAUGGGUGGAGGAAGGUUACGGAAUAAAGGUUCGCAGGAAGUACAAAGGCGACGAGGCACAGAAACUGAAGGACUUCACGAACAUCUGGAAGUCUGUGUUCACCAAGUACAGAAUUCGCAUCUGGGAGAAAGGAGGUGAGGCUUGGCGGGCCUACGUCAAGGCUCAGCUGGUGAAGGGCGUGGACGUCUACUCACGCGAGGGCAUUAGGGACGCCUGGAAAGAGUACCUCAUGUCUGCGCCAUUCAACAAGUCGGAGUCGGAGGCGGAUGAGCUGCCCAUGAGCGAUCUCAUUGACGCCAUCGCGGCCGGGGCAAUUACGACGGCUAUGGAACACUUCGAGACCUUCAAGCGACAGGUCUGUGGCUCCUCGCCGGAUCCGCCUGCUCUCGAGAUCGCCCAGGGUGUUAGUGUCGCGGACGAGUUGCAGGACGAUGUGUCGAGUGUGAAGCGUAAGUUCCAGGAGUGGAUGGAAGAGGCCCUCCAGGAGGCGGACGUCCAGGAGCCCGAUGUUGACGAGGAGCCCGAUGUCAAGCGUCCUCGUCAAGUCGACGAGGAAUCACUCUGA